CCUACUAAUAGUUCAAAAAAGAUCUUAAAAAGUUAUAGCUCAAAAGAAUUCCCUGAAAAUUAUAGCUCAAAAAAAUUCACCCAAAAUUAUAGCUCAAAAGUCUCCAAAGAUUAUAGCUCAGAAAAAUUCUUUGAAAAUUAUCAUCACAACCCCAAAAAAAUCAAAAAUUAUAGCCAAAUAUUCGAAAAUUAUCGUUACAGCCCAAAAAGCAAAAAUUAUAGCCCAAUAUUCGAAAAGUCAAGUCAGAUUAUUUCCAAGGAAACUUCAGAUAACCCUAUCCCUAAUGAA